AUGGAAUUCGCAGCAAAGAAAUACACUGUGGGAGCAGCAGCAGCAGCAGCAGCAGCAACAGCAGCAGCAGCAGCAGUGGGAGAAUCAUAUGCAUUGGCAGCAGCAGCAGCAGCAGCAGCAGCAUGCGUAUCCUCCUUAGUUCAGACAGCAGCAGCAGAAGCAGCAAGAGAAUGGAAUUCGCAGCAAAGAAAUACACCGUGGGAGCAGCAGCAGCAGCAGCAGCAGCAGCAGCAGCAGUGGGAGAAUCAAAUGCAUUGGCAGCAGCAGCAGCAGCAGCAGCAGCAGCAUGCGUAUCCUCCUUAG